GGCAAACCCUACUAAAGCAGCCGCUUUUGCUACUCUUCUGCCUCUACCCCUUUUCACCUCAAACACGUUCAGGUUUUCGAUCUGCAAGUCUCCUCUUCUAGAUGGCUCCCAAAAGAGGUGUGAAGGGCCCACUGGCAGCAAAGAAGAAACCUGAAAAGGUAGUAAACCCUUUGUUUGAAAAACGUCCAAAGCAGUUCGGAAUUGGUGGUGCCCUUCCACCCAAGAAGGUCUUGACUAGACUUGUCAAGUGGCCACAUGUUGUUCGUAUUCAGAGGCAAAGAAGGAUUCUGAAACAGCGUUUGAAGGUCCCUCCUGCUGUUAACCAGUUCACAAAAACACUUGACAAGAACCUCGCUACACAACUUUUUAAGCUGUUGCUAAAAUAUAGACCCGAGGACAAGGCUGCUAAGAAGGAAAGGCUUCUUAAGAGAGCACAAGCUGAAGCUGAGGGGAAGACUGUGGAAACAAAGAAGCCUAUUGUUAUUAAAUAUGGUCUUAACCAUGUUACUUACCUCAUUGAGCAGAACAAGGCCCAGCUGGUGGUUAUUGCACAUGAUGUAGAUCCAAUUGAGCUUGUUAUUUGGUUGCCUGCAUUGUGCCGGAAAAUGGAGGUUCCUUAUGCCAUUGUGAAGGGCAAGUCACGACUUGGAGCGAUUGUCCACAAGAAAACAUCAUCAGUUUUGUGCCUUACUUCUGUCAAGAAUGAGGACAAAUUGGAAUUUAGCAAGGUUUUGGAGGCAGUCAAGGCUAACUUCAAUGACAAGUUUGAUGAGCACCGUAAGAAAUGGGGGGGUGGCAUCAUGGGUUCCAAAUCUCUGGCCAAGAGCAAAGCUAAGGAGAGAGUUUUAGCCAAGGAGGCUGCGCAAAGGAUGUCUUGAGCUCAUCUCCUUUAGAGGCUUUGGACACGAUUUACAGUGAGAGGAUCUUUCCUAGAUGAUUGUAGCUUUUAUUUCUCUUUGUUUACUGCUCUGUUUGUUACUACCGUGGACAAGUUUUGGAUUGAUAGGGUGGCUGAAACAUCUCAUCACAUCCUCUGUUAUCCAUCCUUUCUGUGGGAGAACGAAAAUCUAAAGCCAUCUCCUCUUUAACUUAAUAUUAUUUUG